UUACGCUUCUCUGUAUGUUUUAUAUUUUUACACUUUGAAAAGUCGUACUUUUUACAGGAAAACAACAAGCUAUGGUGACAGAAACUUUAGAACCCAUAAAUUUCAUCGAUUGAUAAUUUUAAUCUCAAAAAAGGACUUCCCAAAUCCAGUUUUUUGUACAGCUUCUGCAACUCAAAUCAACAAACUUGCUGGCAAGGUACUUCCUAUUGCUCCAUUCAUUUUUACUUUUCAGCUCAAUUUGUCAAAUCCACUUUCUACCUUUUUCAAUCGAUUUUUCCAUUACAGUUUAGCAACAAGAUAUUGAUUCAUGUCUAAUUCCGUCAUGAAUAAAGUUGAAAUCAGUGAUAAUAAUGUACACAACAAAGACAUGCUCAGUGAUUUACCUGAUUGCAUUAUCCUUCACAUACUCUCUUUUUUGAUUACCAAACACGCCGUAACAACAUGCAUCUUAUCCUCGAGAUGGAACGAUCUCUGGAAACGUCUUCCCGCUCUUAUUUUCCAUAUAUCUGAUUUUCGAGGCUUUCGAACUAAUAAGAUAUUCUCCGAAUUCGUGUCUAAGGUUUUAUCUCUUCGCGAUUCCUCUGUCUCAUUGCACACUCUCGACUUUGAGAAUAGAUCUAUUCUCUUGGAGGUUCCCAUAUUUAAAUGGAUUGUGAAUUAUGCUAUUUCACAUCGUGUUCAACGCUUACGACUUAGUGUAAAUGGUGGCAUUGCACAAAUUCCUCUUGCCUUAUUUUCAUCUCACACUUUAACACAUCUUAGCCUUUCUAUUUGUUAUGGUUGUGAAAACCUGUUUCCGAAAUCUCUCAAUUUGCCCGCGUUAUCUACCUUGGAACUAGAGAAUUUUACAUUUUCGGUUGGCGAUAAGGAUUGCGCCGAACCAUUUUCAACCUUUAAUAGGUUGAAUCGUUUGCUCAUUUCCCAUUGUAACGUGGAAAAUUGGGGAACCCUUUGUAUAUCAAGCGCGACGCUUGUUAAUUUUACUAUGUACAAUGACUCAGAUGACUAUUAUAAAAUUGAGCUUUGCACUCCAAGUCUUUGUACAUUUUCUUUUCGUGGUGUUCCUUAUCACGAUAUCUCUUGGAGCAAUAUUUCUUCUCUUAAACAUGUAGAUAUUGACGCUGAAGUAUUUCCAUAUACUUGUUAUGGACCUCCGUUGUUUCUGUUUAAUUGGCUCUCAGAGUUUGCUAAUAUCAAAUCAUUGACUGUCACUGCAACUACUCUUCAGGUUCUCUCCUUAAUUCCUGGUUUGUUGAAGUUUAAGAUCCCUUCCUUGGGUAAACUAAAGUCAUUGAAAGUGAAAAUUGACGAAAUUCAAUGUGGACUCCUGGCGUUGAGCAAUGAUAAGUUACAGGACAUCAAGUCAAAGAAAGAAGCUGCUAUGAUACAUAAAGCAUUUGAUUUAGGAUUGGAGCUGUCUCCACUUGAACUUGACGGAGUUGUGGACUUCUUGCUUCAAAAUUCACCAUCAGUUAAAGUUGACAUAGUUGAUUGCGGAAAAAAAACUUCUUAGAAAGAGACAUUGAUGAUGGUUUGUUUUAUUUUUUUCUUUCCUUCUAUGUUUUUAUUUAUCAAUAUCUCCUUGGUCAUAACUAGUAACUAGUUGAAUAAUUACUAGUCUCUUGGCUAAAGAAAGAAAUUGUAGAUAUGUCCAGACAUGAUUGUGUCUAGUCUCAACUUGAGUGGAUGUACUCAAGAAAGGAUUAUAUUGCUCAGCUACAACUCUAUGUGUCGGUUUGCACUUUGCAUUGCAUAAUUAUCUUUUAAUUUAUAGAAGGUUCACAACCUUAGGUAAGCAUUAGCUUAGCUGCUAACAUUUAAAAAAUGAAUUGUGUGCAUUUUGAGUCACAUAUAAGACCAUUUUGAUUUAGUAUCUAGCAGCCAGCUUUAUUGUUGAUUAUACGAUUUUUUCUAAUAUUGGUUCUCAAUUAGUGUCAGUGUUAUCAAAUAGCGGCGCCAUGACCGCUGUGGCGGAUAUACAUGGCGAUUUUUGGGCUCGCCUUAAUGGUAAAUGUUGGCCGAUAUUGCGGGGUUUUUUGUCAUAAACCACUAUAAAGGCGCUGUAAAGCGGGCGGUAUGGCGAGAUUUUGGCUCACCGCCAUGGACAAUACUGAUCAGUGUUCAAGUUGACUGCGCUCCCACUUGAACUUGUGAAACUUUAGAUGGAGCUUCUAUUACAUUUGUUAAUGCAAAUGCAAGAGUCACGGAGAUAUAUUUUUGUUUCUUACAUGACCUUAUUUGACCUCUGUAGGAGAACCUUCCUGGUUAUUAUAAUCCUUCAGGGUUCAGAUACAAUACAAAUAUGUUUAUAUUGGAAAACUCCUAAUUGAAGGGCUAUAGACAUUGGUCCCUUUGUCGGAAAUUAUAGCAACAAUACAAAACAGUUGAGAAAGUUGGGUAAUGAGUUGUUUAUUAAUGGUCCCUUUGCUUUCUUAUUGUUAUCUGCAUUGCAUAUAAAUUGCAGCUGUAUUAAAAGAAAACUUGUUAGAAUUUUGUAAGCUACCUUCAAGUUUUGUAAAGCAUAUUAUUACAAUUAUUUAUGGUCAAACUAUGCUCUAUUCCUUUAGCUAACUAUUAGUGACUAUUAUUAUUAAGUGACAGUAUAAUACAAUUUUUAAAAGAUUUAAAUGAAAGGUUAUUGUUAUUAUGGGUGAAAUAUAGUCUGUGAAACCAUCCCAUCACACUAGAACUUGUUUAUGUGUUGAUGAUUGUUGUUGAUAAAACAUUCCUGCAUGAUAUUUGAGAGUUUCGGGAUUGGACUGUAAUCAUACUCGAUGUAUUGUGCGUGUGUUUGUAUGUAUCUGUUGCAACUUGCAACAAUUUGAAUGAUGAGCUUGUUGCCCAAUAUAGUGUCAAAAUAUCACCGCCGUAAAAAAGCCAAGAUUAUUGGUUAUGUAAUUGCAUUUUGUAACAUGUAGAAGGAAACACCGUCCUCAUCAUUCCAAACAAACUAUCCUUCUUCUACUGUAUGGUGAGGGGGGGAAAUUAUACUAGUAACUGUUUAAGGUUGGAAGAGAUGCACCAUGCCAACAUUGUCAUAACCCUAUAAAUUAAAGUUAUCACAAUGUGUUAUUUCCAAAAAUUGUAUAUUUUACUCGAGAACAAUGAGGAACAAACAAACCUUCACAAAUGCCAAAAGAAUCUUCCUCAAUACGAACAACAACUGCCAUUCUGUUUUAAGUGAGAUGCAAAAUGGUACAAUUGAAAAAUUUAGAAAUGAUGGCUAUUUCCUAUGAAAUUCAAAAACAUUUUGAACAGAAUGAAACCAAUGUUUUAAAAUCAGGAGAGGACCGGACAGUCCGAUUGGUUCACUUGUAAAUCAGUAAUCAAGACAAUUCAGUCUCUUGUCAGACUAAAUUAAAUAUGCACUUAACUUGUUGUGACAUCAUCAAACCGA